AUGGAGGAGGAGAAGGAGAGCUACAACCAAGAGAACGUGAAUCGUGCGCUGGCCCGCGUCGCCGCCGGGGAGAAGAAGGCUGCGGUGGCGAGGACCUCGCCUGUGCCUCUGCGCACCCUCUUCCGGCUCACCAAAAGGGCUGCUGACCGUGGCAGCACUGGGCCGUCGCGACCAGGCCCAAAGCCCCUGAUGCCGGUGGAGCUGAAGCGCGAUCUGGCUGAGUGGAUUGCUGCCAUGCAGCGGUGCGGCAUGCCCGUCGGCCAGCGGGACAUCAUUGCGAUGGCGAGCGCGAUGCUCACAGCUGCUACUGGGCGGAUCAUGACCACCCGCUCUACACCUACAAGGAUGCUGACUGGCGGCUGGUAUCGUCGUUUUCUCCAGCGUCACCCCUUCCUCACCAACCGGAUUGAGCAGUGCAUCGCGCGCGUGCGCAACGCCGUGGACGAGGGCGGCGUCUCCGCGCGUUCUACACCUUGGCGAAGACGUUCAUGA